CACCUUCUUCUCCAAAACCCCCCUCCAUUUUUAUUUGAUGACGGUGACCGCCUCGCGCGCGCUACAGCGCUGGCCUUCACUCACUGAUAUCUGAUAUGUUCCGGAGCGCGCGAGGAUCGCCUCGCGCUCGCGACAAACGGACAGGCGCCUAAGGGAGGAGGACCUUAAGGGAUAUUUGGAGCUGCACUUGUCAUGGCAGGAGAGAGGCGCAAAACGGUCCAAUGGGUGUGGAGGAUCAAGGCAACAGCCCGGGAAUCCGUCUGUGUUACCUCUCUGACACCGAACCGGACCGCUGCCUGGGUCAGCUCGUGCACACCGCUCGCGCUGCCGCUUUAAGUCUGACCACUAAUCUGAUCUCCGCGCAUGAGUGUGUGUGUGUGUGUGUGUGUGUGUGGUUUAUUAUAGUUUUACUGAUUUUUGCUGGCUGGAUUGAAAUGGCAAACCAAACCAUUUCCGGUGUUUUUAUUGGAGUUAUUUUGUAAAAAAAAAUAAUAAAUGUCGCGUGCGGUCUCUUCAGUGAGUGUGUCAGUUUGUGAUUAGCAGAAAGGAGUCGACUCUCUGAUCGCAACCUUUAAAUGCCAACGUAUCCUCUUCAAACUCUGUAUCCUCCCCUAACAGUUCACGGUAAACAUCUCGUAUCCUGCGUUUUAGGUCAGUUCUGUUUUUCGGGAACUGAUUAAACUGUUGUAAUGUAGAUGUUAGAUGAAAAUGAUUCACGGAAUCGACUCCUCUGAUUUGACUAAGACCUUGACUGAGAAUGAUUCAGAGUCGACCCUAAAGAUUCGAGCAAGCCAGGCGCGCGCGCUCGACACGCCAGUGGACGGUUAUGUGUGUAGGAUGUGCAGCGGCCGUUGGAGCAGGAACGCUCUCGUGAAAAAGCCGUUAUCUCCUCAUCUGCUAGCUUUAGCCCACAGGAGCUAGCGGGCUUGUCGGAGCCGUUCCGGCGGCGCGUUUAUUUAUUGUGACGUAGCCGGGACAGUUUGCUAGGCUAGCGCGGUAAAGGUGUGUGUCCGCCCCCCCUCUCUGCAGCUCGUCCAUUGUUACGCGGGUUAAAGCGGGCACAUGUGGUGCGCUGUCGGUGUCGGUGUUGGAUGGUGCCGGAGUUCGCUGAGCCGUUUACCGAUGCUGCGGCGCGACGGAAAGCAGAGAGGCCGCCGCUGUCGCGUCUUGUUCAGUGACCUGAAGGCUUUGCUGCUCAGGCCACCGCCGGCACCGGCACCGUCGGCCAUGAACGGCGGAGCGCCGAGCGCUCGCGCCGCUUCCCCGGCGGACCGCACGCGGGAUGAGGACGCAGCCGCCGCCUCUGCCUCCGCGUGGGACGGGGAAGCGGAGCGGAGUGCCACCGAGAGUCCGGACGGCGGGAGCUCGAGCGAGGACUGCACCAAGGAGAAGCUCGACGAGAGAUCGAGUCUGGAGAGCUGCACGGAGAGCGGAACGCGGACACCGCUGUGCAGGAUCUGUUUUCAGGGCGCAGAUCAGGGGGAGCUGUUGAGCCCGUGCCGCUGUAGCGGCUCUGUGCGGUGCACUCACGAGCCGUGCCUGAUCAAGUGGAUCAGCGAGAGAGGCUCGUGGAGCUGUGAGCUGUGCUACUACAAGUACCAGGUCAUCGCCAUCAGCACCAAGAAUCCGCUACAGUGGCAGGCGAUCUCUCUGACAGUGAUCGAGAAGGUGCAGAUCGCAGCGGCGGUGCUCGGUUCGCUCUUCCUCAUCGCCAGCAUCUCGUGGCUCGUGUGGUCUUCGCUCAGUCCCUCGGCCAAGUGGCAGCGCCAGGACCUGCUCUUCCAGAUCUGCUACGCCAUGUAUGGCUUCAUGGACCUGGUGUGCAUCGCUCUGAUCGUGCACGAGGGCCCGUCCGUGUUUCGUAUCUUCCACCGCUGGCAGGCUGUGAAUCAGCAGUGGAAGGUGCUCAACUACGACAAGCUGAAAGACACGGAGGACCCCCAGAAGGGCGGCAGCACCCUGCGCUCCCUCACGCUCCCCCUAAGCAAUCGGGCAGGGGUGGCCCCGCCCACUUCCCCUUCUCCCUCCAGCUCCGCCCACACAACGGCCGCCACGGUGACCAUCACCCCAGGCACGACCGUACCGGCGAUCACCGCGGCUCCAGAGGACUCAUCAGAGGAGGAGCGUCACUGCGCGUACAGCCUCCUGCAGCUGCUCAGCCUCAACCUCCGGAACCAGGAGCCCAGAAACGCCACGACGGAGCCCAGAAACGACAACCGCGAGCUGGUCAUGAGAGUCACGACCGUCUGAGACUGGAGACACAUGACAAACUCCAGGAAGGGAAGAAUGACAGCCGGACAGAGCGGCAGAGACGUUUGCUAGCAAAUGAGGCUCAAGGUCCUUCUGGUAAACAUUUGGCAGUUAUGGACGUAAUAACAUUUCUGAAAGAAAGGUUUGUUUUUGAGCUGUCGAGCACACAUCAAGGCUCCGCGGGGCAUUGUUUGUGUGUGUGUUUUGGAGUUAAACAACAAAGCUAUAAAAGGUCAAGUUCAGGGUGAAGUGUUUUUUUUUUUUUCCUUCUAAGCGAGUGGCUCAUUAGGGAUGUGGUUAGUACAUGACCAUGCAGAGAGGUGAGUAUUGUCAAGCACAAGAUCCAACAAUGCAAUGCAGGACUCGUAUGGAACAUAAACAGAAAUACACCUAACUGAAAUAAAAAGGAUUUUGUAGGAGAAACAGACGGAACGUUUUUCCACUAAAACCCAAACGUAGUCCAUCAGUCAGCACGUGCCUGGUGUCGUUAGUUUCACACUAGCGCUACAAGGUUAAUUAGCUCACAGGUAUCAAACUUUUCAGAGACAAAUCUGCCUCAAGACAACGUCAAAGUUUUCAGAAUGUCUUCCAGAUUCACUGAUGCGGUUUAGGAUACCGUGGACCGUCCUUUACCACGUAGAAAAAACUCAAACAUGUAAUUUCACACACAAGCCAUCUUGGAUUUUUUCCUCCUUAGCAUGGUUCGGUAUCAUUCUGCCUUCUAGGCUCGGCCUCCCGAGGUUCAACCGAGUAACUGCAUCAGCUUAAGUCCUGGAUCGUUUCAAGCUCCACUCUGAACUUACCUUUGGAAAUAAAGCUUUUUAUUUAAAACUUAUUUAAAAAUGAGAAUAUGUGAUUGAAGAGUUUUUUUUGAGUGAGAUGGAUUAUUAAUUGAUGACUAUAAACAGCGCCAGGCCCGAGUCGCUGACUCUGUUUAUGACGAGUGGAGAAUCCCCCCCCAAAAAAAAAAACACCCUUAAUUUUACAUUUUAAACAAAGCUGUUUGGAGAAGAGUCAGAUAAUGCCGUUAAUGGACUCUCAUAUAAACAAGAGACCCGUUUCCAGGGAGACGACCCGUAGCCAGGGCGAAACUCCCCAACUAGCGGCCCGAGUCGCGCGAUCCUAUUUGACGGACUCAUUUUGUUUACAUUUGUUAAAAUGUCUAAAAAGAAAAUGCAUUGCUACAUUAAAAGAUGA